AGAAAACAAAUAAAACCUAGAACAAAUGACACAAAUUUUAGAGGGUUUGAAUUAGAGAUUGGAAUAUUAUAAUUUUUGACCCGGAGAUUGGAUUGGUUGUCUCCGGUCCAAUCCGAUUCAAUCCGAUCUUUGAACAAGUUCUUACAGAAAAACACGAUAAAGUUGCAGAAAAAAGUGCGCAACAAUGGCGACGAUGAUGGACCCAGUAACCGAAGAGUUUGCAAUCGGAUGUGUACUCUCGAUCAAGACUACAUUAGGCGACGAUUUUGAAGCCCAAGUCAUCACCUUUGAUCGAGCUUCCAACAUUCUCGUCCUUCAAGAGGGUUCGAAAUCGGGACCUAGAAAGAAUUUGAGGUUAUUGAAGGCCAAUUACAUCAAAGAAUUCACAUUUUUGCGCCAAGCUGAAGAUCCUCUUGAUCUAAAGAACUGUUAUCUUGAUCUUUCUUCUCUUCAAGCUAGAGAAGAAUCUGCUAUUAGGCAAGCGGAAAUUGAAGCGGAGAGGAUUGGAGUGGGAGUGACGGCUGAAGCUCAGAACAUUUUUGAUGCUUUGUCGAAAACGCUUCCUGUGCGCUGGGACAAGACUGUUAUAGUUGUGAUGGAUCAAGUCCGAGUUUGUAGUCCAUACUUUCCGGAGUCUGUUUCUGGAGGUACCCCGGCAGCAAAUGAGCGUGUCAGGAAAGUGCUUGAACUUGAAAGGAAGAGGCUACAUGCUCGUGGGUCUCAUUCGUAAUCAUCUCCAACCACACUGAUACGUGUUUCUGCUGGCGGAAGAGCACCAAGAUAUGCAUUAGAAGGGCUCUCUCUAGAAAUGUGUUACCUUGGUCCACAUGCUGCUGAAGCUUAAAUGAACGAAGAAUGCUGAUUUUCACGCAUUAUUUCUUCUUAUAGCUCAUGUCAAGAGGGGUGGCAUCAAUCGAAGAUCUUAUAAAAGUAAUUGUAGUCUCAAAAAUGGCUUGGAAAAUUGUUUUGUUUAAUGUCACAUAUGUCUCUUCUGUUUACGCUCCCCUUCCUUUGUCAGUCCAGAUUUAUCCCCAUAGAAAUAAGGAUGAGAUGUUGGGAAAGGUAAAAAGACGUCGUUUCAGAAUAAUUUGAAAAGAAAAAAAAUGGGGAGAGGAGGAAAACAGAGGAGUUUAAAAAUUUAUUACCAAUUCACUAUGUCACCAUGUUACAGUGUUACUAAAAAGUAAAAACGUUGUGUUUUUUCUUUUUUCUCUAA